AUGCGACCUGUUUCCUAUGCAACACAGCAAUUCACCAACUCUUCAUAUGAACAGUGGCUCAAGAUAGAGAAAGGUUGCAAAUCGUUUUGGCAAGCCUUUGAACUCUUGCAUCCAAAUUGCGAUGAAGAUGAGCAAUGGCAGCACAUCAUUGGUGGGGCUGAUUUCAUUGCUGAUCUUCUAGCUUUCCUGGACGUGAUGAAGCCAAUUGUUGACCUCAUGCUGCAUGUCCAGACACUCUUGUGUGGAAAUUGAAGCUUUGGUUGCAAAAAGUUAAAAAUAAGCUAUCAAAAGCAGCAAGUGGAGAUCCAGAUGCAUUUCCUCACUUGGAUGUUGGAGGAGAUCUAAUCGCUGGUGACAUGUUCAGUGGCAUUGAGCUUCUGCCAGGUUGGCUAGUUACAAAAGAUAAAGGCAAAGUGGCAGAGGAACAAUUUACCUGGAAGGAAAGAACAGAGGAUGAUGUUAAACGUGGGUGUGAAAAAUUAGCGUCAGAUCUGAUCAAUUCCAUGGAGAAUAUAAUCAACACGGUUAUGGCAGAUGAGGUGUAUUCCAUCCUGGAGGUGUUUGACACUGCCACUCUUGCUAAUCUUCAAUGUGGAUGUUGGGAAUGA